GACCAUGCGCGAAGUUUUGACACCACCAAAUGUAAAUAGAACAGUAAUUGCGAAUGUAAUUUAAGCGGCAAAGUUAUAAUUGUUUAAUCCAUCAAAUUGUUUAUAAUGUGGGAGGCGCGAGUCCCUAGAAAAUGGUCGCCACCGCUAUCGCGAAAGCUUUGAGAAGUUAAUUCAUUCUGCAAUGUACGCUGUCUGAUUAGAAUGUCAUCGCGUUUCGAACUCACGUAAUGUAGUUUUUUCUCGAGUAAAUUGUUCCUGUAUAAAAAUGGUAACCGUCAGCCAACAAGAGAGCGUAUCCAGCCACGUUUCAUUGCGAAACAAAAUUGGUUCGGCUUUUUUAUAUGGCAUUGCGUCGUUUAUGAUUACCGUCGUCAAUAAGACGGUGCUUACAACCUAUGGUUUUCCUUCAUUUCAAGUCGUCGGUUUGGGGCAAAUAUCCGCCUCGAUCGUGGUGCUGUUUCUUGCAAAAAAGUUGAAAAUUGUGCGGUUUCCCGACUUGGAAUGGAAGACCUUCAACAAAAUCAUGCCGCUCCCUGUGAUAUUUAUGGGAAACCUGUUGACUGGACUAGCCGGCACGAAGGAGCUGAGUCUCCCAAUGUUUACGGUCUUACGGCGAUUCUCAAUUUUGAUGACCAUGAUUGCCGAGCUGUACGUUUUAGGUAUAAGACCAAGCGUUGGUGUGCAAUUUAGUGUUUACACAAUGAUACUGGGUGCCGUAAUAGCGGCCGGUAAUGAUUUGGCCUUCAAUUUAAUGGGUUAUCUUUACAUAAUGUUAAAUAAUUUCUUUACAUCGACGAAUGGGGUGUACAUGAAAAAAAAGUUGGAGGCAAAGGAGCUGGGGAAGUAUGGAUUGGUGUACUAUAAUUCGCUGUUUAUGUUUGUGCCCGCUUUUAUAUUGUGUUUUUGUACAGGCGAUUUGAGAAUAGCGUACGAGUAUGAAUCGUGGGGCGAUGUACUUUUUUUAAGCCAGUACUUGCUGUCUUGUGUAAUGGGAUUCGUUUUAUCGUACAGUGUAGUGCUCUGUACGCAUUAUAACUCCGCCUUGACCACUACCAUCAUUGGUUGCUUAAAAAAUAUUUGUGUGACCUAUUUAGGUAUGAUUAUCGGGGGCGAUUAUAUAUUUUCGUGGGUGAAUUUUAUUGGGUUAAAUGUUAGUGUUUUAGGUAGCUUAGUAUAUACCUAUGUGACAUUCAGGCGAAAAGAUACCCCCUCAUAUACUGCAAUUAGUACAAGUAUACCGAAUAAGAUUGAAAACGUCUAGUAUUCAUUUGUCUGCUCAAUUUCGUAAUGUCAGUGCCAUGCCACUUGCCAGAUGAAAUUUAGUUGUAUAAACAUUAAUUACCAAAGUCAAAUUGUACAUAGUGUUUAUAAUGUACCUAUAUUAGAUUAAUGUAUUUUAACCAGUGAUAAUGUAGCUAUUGAACAGAAACCUUGAAAUUUAUUGUCAAUUUUUUGUAUUAAACGUGUAGAUAGUUAGGUCAUUCUA